GAUAUCUUGGAAGGAUGCAUGUCUCCUCUGGUGUUGUCCCCUUAUUCUGGCUGGGUCCUAGACCGAGUGAUUGAGCGAUCAGCCCCAGAAACGUCACCCUCCAGGAGCUCAGCGUCGAGGGAGUCCAGUCCCCACGCAAAGCAGUCGUCUCCUCCGGAGAAGAUGCCGUCUGCCAGCCACCGGGACCCCUCCCCGCUGUCCUCUGCAGAGCCGAGCGAACCCAAGGGAAAUGAUGAUCUUAAUCUGCCAGCAAUGGAUGAAGAAGUCUUUCCAGCAGUUCUGCCUUCUAAAAUUACAGAAGUUGAAGGCUGCAUUUGGAUGUACGAAGAGAUGCACAGGUUGAAAGGAAAGGAGGAGCUGAGGCAACGGCAGGAGCAGCAAGAGCAGAUGGUGAGGGCAGUGUACGACCUGGCCAGCGAACAGCUGAAGCGCUUUGAUGAGCUGAAGGAGCUAAAGCAGCAUCAGGAAUUCCGAGAUUUGCAAGAAGUAAUGGAGAAGAGCUCAAAGGAGUCUCAGGGGCAGCAAGAGAAGUUGAAGGAGGAACACAGACACAGAGCAAAGGUAUUAAACCUAAGACUGCGUGAGGCAGAGCAGCAGAGGCAGCGUCAGGAGGAGCUGGAGCGUUCCCGUAAGGAAGAGGGCCAGGAACGAUUGCAUCGCCUUUACUCUAUCCAGGAGGAAGUGCUGCAGCUUAACAAGCAGAUUGAUCCCAAUUACAGACAAAAAGACUUGCCAAAAAUCGAUCUUUCCACAUACAGUAAUCGUGGCAACCAGAUCUGUGGGCUGCUGUCAGGACUCAUCCGCACCACAAGUGAGAGAGGUUUCCCUACUCAAGCAGACGUGGGCAGUGCUGAACGAGCACUGCAGGAGAUGCGAGGGUUGAUAUCCAGCAUGCAGCAGGAAAUCGCUACAGCUGUGGAAGAAAAAAGGAAGAAUGAAGAGGAAGAGAGACAGAAGCAGAAAGAGUUACUAGAAAAAGAGGAGUCGAAGGCUCAGACUCCUGCCCCUGCACAGCAGUCAGGUGGAAAGCAGCAGAAGGAAGGACCAUCACUUGGACUUAAGGCAGACAAAAAUACAAUGGAGUGGUACCAGAAGCUUCAGGAUGCUGUUGAGCAGUGCAUUGCUUCUUUCAGUGAACUCAGCAAUUGCAAAGGCAACAAAGAGGUUAAGAUGAUAAAAACAGACUUGCACAAAGCAGCCACGAUCCCCGUGAACCAGAUCUCUAGAGUAUCAGGCUCUCGGCUGAGAGAUGUAUUUGACAGGUUGAACAACCUGCUCUCUGGCAAGUCUGUUCAGAGUGGAGGGCGAAGUGUCUGCGUGACUCAGCAUCCACAGGGGCUGGAUUUUGUUUGUUACAAACUUACAGAGAAACUUGUGGGUCAAGCAGAAGAAGAAGUAUCUUCUCACCGUGAUGCAGCCUUCCCAAUUGCUGUGGUGGUCUCAGGAAUCUGGGAAUUACAUCCUCAAGUUGGAGACCUCUUUUUAGCUCAGCUGCACAAAAAGUGCCCCUAUUCUGUGCCGUUUUACCCUGCGUUGAAAGAGGGGACUUCUAUGGAAGAGUAUCAAAAGAUCCUUGGGUAUCGAUUUAUAGAUUCGAAGAUGGAAAAUCAAGAUCGUUUUCUUAAACGGAUGUCAGGAAUGAUUCGUGUUUAUGCUGCUAUCAUUCAGCUCCGGUGGCCUUUUGGAAACAAACAAGGGGCACAUCCCCAUGGGCUGGAGCAUGGAUGGCGCUGGCUCAGUCAGAUGCUGAAUAUGGAGCCUCUGGUAGAUUUGACAGCUACGCUUCUUUUUGACUUCCUGGAGGUGUGUGGCAACGCUCUCAUGAAACAGUAUCAGGUUCAGUUCUGGAAAAUGAUGUUGCUUAUCCGAGAAGACUUUGUCCCGAGAAUCGAAGCAAUUACUGAAUCCAGAGAGAAGGGCUCGUUGUCACGUUUCAAGGAAUUCUUGGAGACAUGCCUGAAGGAGAAGGAAAUUCCACUACCAAAGGGCAUUCUGCAGCCUUCCUUUUGGAGUUCAUAA